GUAUCGGUUCAGUUAUGCUUUUGGACGAGGCAAUGGAAGUGUAUUUUUAGAAUUUGUUACAUGCCGAGGAUUUGAGAGAUCAUUAUUGCAUUGUGUUCAUAGUGUAAUAGGAGACAGUGUCUGUGACCACAGUGAUGAUGUCGGUAUCAUAUGCUUGGACAUAGAUCCAUCUAAUAAUGAAACAUUGUGUAGCACCAAGUUGGAUAAUGAGUUAUGGGAUACAAUGAGUACUCAAGGAAGAUGUGAACCUUACAUAGACAAUCCUUGGUUGAGUUCAUCAGUGUGUGACAAUAUUUAUACAAGCUUGCAUUAUGUCUAUACUCCUAAUGCUCGAUUAUUAGGCCAGCCAUACAUUAGAUACUUGAUGGAGUACAUUACUGUAUUUUUUACCUUCACGCCACAGUGCUAUGAGCCUGUUGUCAAUGCACUCUGCAUGCUCUAUUAUCUACCAUGUGGCUACAAUGGUACUAUACAAGUUCCAAGGUUUCUCUGUUCUGAUGCUUGUACUAAUGUAUCAACACAAAUGUGUUCUGAUGAUUGGGAUGCUCUUCUUAGCUUUAUAAAUGACACAUUUCUUACUCGUCUAUCGAAAGAGACUACAAUCAUGCCAAACUGUAGUAAUACUGACUUAUUUAUUGAGGCAUUUAACCUUGAUGGUGACUGCUGUGAACCAUUUCAUCAGGAUCAGCUCUGCUUUAAACAGAGUUAA